GGUGUGAGUUUACCCAGCAGGCUUGUUGCUGGAAACAUGGCGUCCCACUGCAGCCUCUCUACUUUAUUUCCUAUCCAAAGUGAGCUGGAUUCCGCCCUAGAUGAAGCUACGACAGAACAAGAGAAAGAAAAACUCGUCAAAGAGUAUUUGAAAAAACUGGACGAAAGAGAGGAUCUUAAAAUACCCGAUUUCCAGACAGGCUUGGAAUGGCUGAACACGGAGGGGCCGCUGUCUUUGAACAAGGAGCUGUCUGGUAAAGUGGUGCUGCUGGACUUCUUUACUUACUGCUGCAUCAACUGCAUGCACAUCCUGCCCGACCUGCACCACGCAGAGAAGAAGCACUCGGUCAAAGACGGACUGGUGGUUGUUGGGGUGCACUCAGCUAAAUUCCCCAAUGAAAAGGUCCUGGACAACGUUCGCAGCGCCGUGCUCCGCUACGACAUCUGCCACCCGGUGGUGAACGACAGCGAGGCACACCUCUGGCACCAACUGGAGGUGUCCUGCUGGCCCACGCUGGUCCUGCUGGGCCCGCGUGGCAACCUGCUCUUCUCCCUGGUGGGCGAAGGCCACCGCGACAGGCUGAUGCUUUUUACCGCCGCCGCCCUCCGUCACUACGGGGAGCGGGGUCUCCUGAAGGCGCACGCAGUGGGGAUCAAGCUGUACCGAGACGCCCUGCCGCCCAGCGUCCUGUCCUUCCCCGGGAAGGUGGCCGUGGACAGCAGCGGGAAAAGACUGGCCAUAGCAGACACUGGACAUCACCGGAUUCUGGUGGUUUCCUUGGCUGGAAAGCUGUUGCAUGUCAUCGGAGGGCCAAAAAGUGGGAGACAAGAUGGCGACCUGUCCGAAGCUUCCUUUAACUCCCCUCAAGGUGUGGCCAUCAAAGGGGAAGACGUGUACGUCGCCGACACAGAAAACCACCUGAUCCGGAAGAUCGACCUGUCAGAGGGACGAGUCAGCACUCUGGCUGGAGUAGGCGCUCAGGGCACAGACAAAGAGGGGGGGGCAAUGGGACCCCAGCAGCCCAUCAGCUCCCCUUGGGACGUGACGCUCGGCACGGCCGGCGGUGCUGAAGGGAACGUCCUGUGGAUAGCCAUGGCAGGGACCCACCAGAUCUGGGCUUUAUUCCUAGCAGAUGGGAAACUGCCCAAAGGAAGCGAGUCCAAGGCAGGAACGUGCUUGCGAUGGGCAGGCAGCGGCAACGAGGAGAACCGAAACAACUCGUACCCCCACAAGGCCGGCUUCGCUCAGCCGUCGGGCCUGGCUGCGGCCCCAGAGGAGCCAUGGGGCUGCUUGUAUGUGGCCGACAGCGAAAGCAGCAGCAUCCGCACGCUGGCUCUCAAGGACGGAGCCGUCAAGCUGCUGGUCGGAGGAGAGAGGGACCCUCUGAACCUUUUUGCCUUCGGGGAUGUCGACGGGAAAGGGGUGGAUUCUAAGCUGCAGCAUCCUCUCGGCGUUGCCUGGGCUCCUGAACAAAGCCUGCUCUAUGUGGCCGACUCCUACAACCACAAGAUCAAGGUGGUGGACCCAAAGGUAAAGCAGUGUAGCACAUUAGCGGGGACCGGAGAGUCUGGAGAUACUCUGGGCCCCGAAUUUAACAAAUCCUGCUUCAACGAACCUGGAGGAAUCUGUGUGGGCGACGGCGGCAAGCUUCUCUACGUGGCCGAUACCAACAACCACCAAGUCAAAGUUCUGGACCUGUUCUCCAAGACUGUUUCACUGUUCCCCAUUUCUAUGGACUGCACGGAUUCAGCAGCUACAAAUCCUCCCGGUCCUCCCAAAGCCCCCACGCUGCCAAAAUCAGCUGCCAGGAAAGAAAUGCCACCAGUGGUCGUGUCCGCUGGUCGGACUCUCGUCAUGUCACUCACCCUGUCGCUUCCAGAAGGAACCAAACUCACCGAAGAGGCCCCCAGCUGCUGGGCCCUCUCAGCUGAGGGUGACGAAUGGCUGCUCGAAAGUCGUCUGGUUACCGGUGACAUUGUGGAUCUGUCGAAGCCCCUCUCCAUCUCGACCAAAGUUCCAGCUGUUAUAAAGAACUCCAAUCCAACCCUCGCUUUGGGUGUAUGGUUGUACUACUGUAUGGAAACGGGUAACGCGUGUAUGAUGAAAGCAGCCUCCUUCACCCAGCCUCUUCAAAUCAGUGCCAAUGGAGGAGAGGAGGACGUCACCGUGGCGUUGGCGCUCGCCCUCUAAAACCUCCGACCUGUCUCAGUCAUCAUCGUCCCAGAAUCAACACUUUCUGUGGUGUUUAAACGACAUUAUUACUUUUGAGCUGGGCUAACCGCAGCGCCUGUUUUGUUCAUAGUUCUGGGAGAAGAAAACACAGAUUGACUGUCAAUUUGAACAAAAAUGCAAAUCGUGCAUAUCUGAUUUGUAUGUGAAUUUAUUUUUGAACCACUCUAAAGCCUCUUCUAGAAAAACAUAAUGCACCAGCGCUGUAAUGCCCUUCACUGGGAGUGAUAGGAAUGCAAAUAGUUUCAUCCUUAGGUGUGUAAUAACAACUAUACAAGCAGACCCAACUGCAGCCUGGAAAUGAUGAUGGGAUAUUAACGCCAAAGAUUUGAGACAAAUAAACAGAUUAUCUAUUAUUUAAUGAUUAUGUGGCAGAUUAAAAAUGCUUUCAAAUAAUGAAACCUUCUAUAGUUUUCACCUGAACCACCAGAUUGAUGUGUGUUUCAAAGACGAGACAGUAACCUAAUGUAAACCUACACACAACCUACAAUAAAUCAUUCUUACAUUAUUUCUGGACAUAAAAGAAAUGGUGGAAACUUUAUAUUACAAAUAUUAAGAGUUUUUCCUUUAGUCCUUUGAGUAAUUACAGAUCUUUUCUUUUAAAGGGAUGUUUAAAGAAGCAAAUAUCUGAUUCAGACUCGUAAAAAGACGUUUUAAUCUGCUUUUGCUGGCGUAAGGCUAACUUUCAAAUGUUAAUAUUGAGUUAUAAAGAGGGAAAAAGGGACAUAAUAGAAACUUGCGUCUCGAUAAGUUGACGAUAACUUAUCUAUGCAUACAUUUUCUUUUAUCAUUAAUAUAUUGGAAACACCAUUGGAUUAAAUCACGCCUUCACUUCGUACUUUUUAAAAUACUUAUAUAUUUCCAUAUGUGUGGUUAGUACUUGGUCCAGCUUUCAUAAACGUGUCUCCUGGUGUCCUAGAAGUCAACCAGCCUGAAGCUGUUCUGUCUCCGCUCCGUGUACGAUUAUACUUCUGAUUAUGAUUAUUCAUUAAACAGAGAGCUCUUUUGAUUUCGACUAAAAUAUAGCUUUUAUAUAAGCAACGAAUAAAGUGCCUGUUUUUUUUUUUUUUCUUAGAAAAGGAGGCAACCAUUUUGAACUGCUGAAUGAGGGUUAUUGUCGUGUAUAAUAAUGAUUAAAAUCUCUCUGAACAAGCAUUGAUAACCUUUAUCUCUAUGCCACAAAAGGAAGAUAAUAUGAGAGAUGCUUUCACAAUGUAUUACCGUCAUACGCUGUGCAUUUUUAUUCGUGGAACAUUCAGUUAUUUGAUAAUUUGUUGUAUUCCUUUUUGUUUUUCAAAGUUUGGAGCUGUUGCCAGAAUCAGGUCGGAUAGGGUUUUGGUUAUCGCAACAUAAUUGUGAUUUUCAGGCAUUUUUGAUUUGGUUUGGGUCACGAGGGCCAAGAGCAGCUGCCUCCGGAGCAAUAACGAUAUAUUUAUGUCAUGGUAUGAAAUCUUUUAUUACCACAAGUUAUUUCUGACAAAUUAAUUGCAAAGUUGUUAUUCCUCUGGUGUUUACUGAAUGAACAGCAAUGAUCUUGAGUGGCUGCCGGUGGGCUCCUUCAUGUUCUCACUUUUUAGAUGCAACAGGGUGAACUAUUAAAACAUUUUCCUCUA